AGUCUUUUCCGGGUCUGGCCCUAAUCGUUGUGUCUCGGAAUCUCUCUCGGACCUAGAUCAUGGCUGGAAUGUACGGUCAAGAGGGCGAUGGCGCCCCUCCUCCGUACGGAUCUAGCGGCGGCGGUGGCUAUGGUGGCUCUGGCGGGUACGGAGGCGGUUCUGGUGGUUAUGGAGGUGGUGGUGGAGGCGGAAGCUAUGGUGGAAGCGGCGGUGGUGGCUAUGGAGGUAAGGGCGGCGAUAGUUAUGGAGGCGGUGGCGGACGUGGCGGUGGAGGUUAUGGCGGCGGUGGCGGUCGAGGUGGAGGAUAUCAAGGAGAUCGCGGUGGCGGCGGCAGAGGUGGCGACCGUGGUGGAGGCGGCGGCAGAGGCGGCCGCGGUGGCAGUGGAAGAGAUGGCGAUUGGAUGUGCCCUAAUCCAGGCUGUGGGAAUUUGAACUUUGCAAGAAGAGUUGAGUGUAACAAGUGUGGCACUCCCUCUCCUUCGGGUGCCGCCGGUGGUGAUCGUGGCAGUGGUGGUGGCGGCAAUUAUAACAGAGGAGGAACUGGUGGUGGUAACCGUGGUGGUAGGGGUGGUAACUAUGAUGGGGGUCGAAGUGGUAACUAUGAAGGAGGUAAGGGUAGCAGUUAUGACGGAGGCAGAGGCGGUAGUUAUGAAAGUAGAGGCGGAGGUGGUAGUAGGGGUGGUUCUUAUGGUGGUAGCCAAGGAAGAGAUGAUGGGGGGUACGGUCAGGUUCCUCCAAAUGCACCACCGUCCUAUGGCACAGCUGGAGGCAAUUACCCAUCUUACAAUGCUAGUUAUGGAACGGAUGCAGUUCCGCCUCCUACAAGUUAUACUGGUGGACCUGCAUCAUAUCCCCCAUCUUAUGGUGGUCCUGCAGGCGGUUAUGGUGGUGAUGGUCCAGGUGAUGCAAGGGGUGGUGCCCGAGGGGGCCCUCCUGCUAAAUAUGAUGGUGGAUACGGUGCUGGUGGUCGUGGUGGGUAUGGAAGUGCUGCUACGGAAGCGCCAUCUAAGGUGAAGCAGUGCGACCAGAAUUGUGAUGAUACUUGUGACAAUGCUAGAAUCUACAUAUCAAACUUGCCACCAGAUGUUACUGUUGACGAACUUCAGCAGCUCUUUGGAGGCAUUGGACAAGUGGGAAGAAUCAAACAGAAACGUGGCUAUAAGGAUCAAUGGCCAUAUAAUAUCAAAAUAUACACAGAUGAGUCUGGAAAAAACAAAGGCGACGCAUGUUUAGCCUAUGAAGAUCCCUCUGCUGCACAUUCAGCUGGUGGAUUUUACAAUGAUUAUGAGUUAAGGGGCUAUAAGAUCAGUGUUGCGAUGGCGGAGAGGUCAGCUCCAAGGCCUUCGUUUGAACAAGGUGGUGGUGGUGGUGGUGGUAGAGGUGGAUAUGGGGGCGGUGACAGGCGCAACAACUAUAGAGAUGGUGGAGCGGAUAGACAUCAGCAUGGUGGAAACCGUUCGCGUCCUUACUGAGAGAAGUUCCAGAUGAAGCAGAUUUUAUGUAAUGAGAAUUGUUUUCUGAGGGUUUUUGUAGUAUUCCGUUGGAGGGUUCCUAAACGGGAGACUAAGAGGUAGGUUGUUCACUAACCCUGAGCAAGGCCUCUGUCCUCCUAUAUUUAACUUUACCUACAACUACCUGGAGGAGUUGAUUUUAGUUGUGUGAAUGUUUUAUAGAGACAAGUGGAUAAUCUCCAAAUUGCUUGCUGCUAUGCUAGGUUGAUAUUUUCAGGUGAGUGCUGCUCUCUCGUAACCAUUAUUAACACUUAUUUGGAGAUUUCCCCGAUUUGCAUAACCGGGUUCUUGAUUGCAUCUGAUCAUUUUAAAUCUAUGGCUCAUAUGCGAGCACUGAUAUCUAUAACAUGCAUUUCUGACUGAAAAUUUGUGAUCCAUAUAAGAAAUCACUGAAGAUGGUUCAUGUGGCCUGGAAUUUGUAUUUGAAAGUACUCUAUGUUAGAUGUGAAUCCCGACCAUUGGAUUGGAUUUUGCUCAACUUUUAGCUCCAGCUGAACUUGUUUAAAUUGCUAGUUACAUGGAAUAGGUUUCCAUGUAGGAUUUUGUUAUUUUGUUUAGACAUUUAUUAUCAUGUUUGGUGGAGGCUCUUUUCCUACAUCGAGGCUUGCGCUUUGCGAUAGUUUUACUUCACCACAUCAAUGUAGGGUUUAAGACCCAUUGUUUGGUAAAAUGGGCAUGGUGCCUAAAAUUUUGCCCGCCGAUUGCCUUCAUUGUUCUGCUACUUGCUGGGUGGGGCAAGUCUUCCUUGUGGUGACCGCAAAGGACUUGUGGAUGACGAGAAUCUCUGCGUAUCACCUACCUUCAAUUGUCAUAACCUCCCAUGUGUUGCUGUGCGCUGAUGGGUGCCUACUUUCAUCUGGCUUUCUUUCUUGGGCGGUUAGCCGGCAGCGGUUGGAAACUUCAAAUGUUGAACAACAGUUGUAGUCUUGGCAUUUGCCUUGCGGCAAGAUAAAGGGUUUUCUUUCAGGUUUUUGGUUUGGGAAUGAUGAGAGUAGACUGUAGAAAUCACUUUCCGGUGCGAGUUUAAAUUCUUGUAUUACAUCCCUAACAUAUAGCAAAUUUGAAUGAAACGUUCUUUUCCUUGA